AGUAAUAGCUAGCUUAUUAUCAAAGGAAACUGAGAUUUUAGAAUGAUAUAGGAAAUGGCACGAGGAAAUGCACUACCAACAUCACCACGUUUGGUUAGAAGAGCAUCAAAUACAGAUGACAAGAGCUUGCACAUUCUCUUCAGCGGCUUCCUGCCAUCAAUAGAGCUUAGUAUAGAUGAUGAAGCUUAUCCUCGCCUUAACGAAGACGUAAUCACACCAUUUGAUCCUCAUUACAGGUGGUGGCAAAUGUUUCUAAUAAUCUUAGUAAUCUACUCUGCUUGGGCAUGCCCAUUUGAGAUAGCAUUUCACAGGGCGUGGUCAGCCUACUUAGCGACUGUUGAUCUUGUGGUGGAUGUGUUCUUUGCUAGUGACAUGGUGAUGACUUUCUUUGUAGCUUACGUGGACCCUUCUACGUACCUCAUCAUUGAUGACCGAAAGAAGAUUGCCACUAGGUAUGCGACAAGUCCAUGGUUUGUGAUGGACUUGGCCUCCACUCUACCAUUUCAAGUCAUAUAUGACGUCAUGCAUGGCAAAGACCAUAGUGGUAGUUUCUUCAGAUAUGUAGGACUCUUGAGGCUCUGGCGGCUUAGGCGAGUUAGCAAUCUCUUUGCAUGGUUGGAGAAAGAUAUAAGGAUCAGUUACUUCUUGACAAGAUGUGUGAAGCUCAUAUCUGUAACACUGUUCACUGUACAUUGUGUAGCAUGCAUAAAUUACUUGAUGGCAGUUAAAUAUAAAAGCAAAGACCAUACCUGGCUUGGCCAUGUGGUACCCAAGUUUGAAGACAGGAGCAUCUGGCUGGGCUACAUAUAUGCCAUGUACUGGUCGAUCACAACCCUCACCACCGUUGGCUAUGGGGAUAUCUAUGCUGCAAACACUGGAGAGAAGGUGUUUAACAUAUUGUACAUGCUAUUCAACAUGGGCCUCAACUCCUAUGUCAUCGGGAACAUGACAAACAUCAUAGUACAUGGAGCUUCACGUGCAAUCAUCAUGAGGGAUACUAUUCGUGAAGUUUCACGGUAUGCAAACAAGAACAGGCUUUCGGAGGGACUGAGGGAACAAAUAAUGGCACAUCAAGAACUCAAAUUCAAGACCAUGGAGUUGCAACAAGAAGAAGCAAUUGUAAAUCUACCCAAGGCAAUAAGAUCAAGCAUAGCUAUGCACCUAUUCCAGCCUAUUGUCGAGUCGACAUACCUCUUCAAAGGGGUUCCCCGUGAUUUCAUGAUGGAGUUGGUUUCUGAGAUGAAAGCAGAACAUUUUCCACCUAAAGCAAAUAUCAUUCUUCAAAAUGAGAUACCUACAGACUUCUAUAUCAUUGUUUCUGGGGAAGUGGAAGUCCUGACAAAUACCAAUGGAUCAGAUAAGUUUUUGGAAAGACUAGGACAAGGUAAAAUGGCAGGGGAGAUUGGGGUGAUGCUCAACAUUCCACAGCCUUUCACAGUAAGGAGCAGAAGACUUUCUCAGGUUCUGCGAAUUAGUCAUCAGCAUUUUGGCCAGAUUUUGCAGACAUAUAUAGAAGAAGGCCUGAGAAUUGCCUCCAAUUUUCUUGAGUUUCUGAAAGACCUUGAAGAACAAACUCUGGAGGAGUUACCAUCUGUAGAGGAGCUAUUGCAUGACAGUGACAAGCAUUCAAGACCAAUGGAAGGAGUAUAUGUACAAGAUUACCAGGUCUCGAGCUCAAGCAAUGAGGGAACAGCUGAUACACGAGGACCAGAAACUAUUGGUGGACAAGUUUCAAGUAACUUAGCAAAGAGAGUAGUAAUUCAUGGUCAUCAUCCACAUGAAGACAAUAAAAUAGAAGGCUCAGUAUCGGGGAAACUCAUCUCUCUACCUGAUUCCCUUGAAGAUCUCCUGGAAGUAGCAGAAAGAGAAUUUAACAAAGCAUCAAGAAGGAUCUUCACUAAAGAUGGAGCACAAGUAGAGGAGAUACGUACAAUAAGAGAUAAUGAUCACUUGUUCAUAUGUUAAAAAGAGCAUGGAAAGAUUGUAACUCGAGAAUAGCAUGAAUCUUCUUGUAUACAUUGGUACCAAACUAUCCAGCAUCAUCGAAUAUCAAAUGCAGAAUCAUGUAUACGAUUGUCCAGUGAAAAAGAAGAUAAUAAAUUCAG